CGGUGAAUGUUCUCUGUGGCUUCAUGGCCCAGCAUCCUGAGAGGGAUGCACUAGACUGCACUGCAUUUCCUCACUCUGUUAGUGACACCGUCUACAGCAGGCUACUAGAGUGACAAGGAAAGAGAACUACACACAAGGGUUACUCAAAAUGGACAAAAUGCAGUUGACUUUUCCCUGUCUGACUGUCCUUUUGGGUCUCGUCCUGGCUUCUACCACCACAGCCCAGACACAGCCAGUCAAUCCCACUGUAACCCAGCCCACCUCAGCCUCCAACCCAGCCAACAACACACACACUCUAGGACACACCACGGUUGUAGACAACAAUAAUUUAACAUUAUCUGCCAUAAACCCAAACCUUACUGAUCUCAUUUUUGAUAACGUCCCUAUAACCAAUUCCACCGGGAGGCCUAACCACACGGUAACCACACCACUGAAGACCAGUUCAGAUGCCUCUCCAGGACCGACAUCCUGGCCCUCACCAAUGGACGUCUCUACAUCAAAGCCCCCAGCAGAGGCCAGCAGCACAACUGCUAGCACUUCUGCUACUAGCACCACUGAGAAUAGAAGUUUGACGGGAACUGCUCAACCAAAACCCUCUGCGAGAAAAUCGCCCCACAUUGGGUUGAUCAUCUUUAUUGUGAUCAUCAUCGCUGCCUGUGUGCUUGGAGCAACAUGCUUCUUUACUAAGAAGACAUCAAGGAGGUACUCCGUAGAUCUCCGAGACAGGCAUGAGGAUCUGCCUCUGAGUACUGCGGAUCCCGAUGCCGUGUUUGACAACUCCUCAACACAGAAGGGGAUGGACACCUUUACCGCCGUGGAUCUCAACAGCACCGAGGUCCUGGUUAAGGGAAGUGAGGGAGAAAGAGAUAGUGAGAAAAUCUCUGACUACCCACCGCCUGCCAGCCCUGUGGACAAACCUGAUGAUGGGGCCCCUGGAGAUGUGGCCCCUGAGGCCCCAGUGGGGGAGACUGAUGACGAGAACACUGUCUCCAAUAAGACCUCAGUGGAGUCAGUGGAGGCCAACGAGAGCAACAACAACAACACCAGCAUCACCGCCAGGAUCGCUUCAACAACUCCAAGAGGACGGGCCAUGACCAGCAGCUUCUCUGAGGUUCCUCUGGACAACCCGGCCUAAAAGACAUCCUCCUUUAUCUGCAGCCCCUUCACAACCACGACUGAAGAAAAAACGUGAAGUAAAAGGUCAAGUCAUCGGAAACGCCUGAAAACAAAGUAUUUCUUUCAAUUCUUAUUAUAUAGGCUAGUUGAUUAAGUUGAUGUUUUCUCUGUCUAUAAACAAUAUAACUAUUGUUGUCUUUUAUAUCUCAGGAAUGGAAAUGCUAAGUUAAAUUUCACAAACGCUAUGUUUAUAUUCUGUUACUUUUAUUAUACUGUAUUUUUGUUAUCGUAUGCCUUCGAAGUUAAUAAGCCUAAUUUUGAUUGAUUCAUUUAAAUUCUAAACAUAUGCCCUGCAUCACAGGGUCCAUGUCUCUUGUGUGUGUGUAUAUAGUAUAGAUAGGAAUGUAUGUCUUUAGGGAAGAGUAGCAGUGUCAGAAUGUGUUCAUGUUGUCAUUCUGAUUUCCUUAGGAUUUAUACCAUGGCAUUGUUGAAUACUGAUUUCUGAUUGGCUUGAAGGGCAUUCUAGAAAGCUGCCUUAUUUAUUUACAUAAACUCAUAUGAAGUCAUAUGAAAUAUGAGGUCAUGUAUGAACUUAAAAUUGUUAACAUCUCUGUUUCCAAGAUACAUUUUUAGGGAGAUCAGUUUCAAAUCUUUAUGCAGAUUUUUCACAUUCCCCCUCAAGCUAUAUUGUCAAUUCAUUUGUCUUUUUGAAAAAAAACAGCAAUACUUCCAUCAUCAUGUUUUGUACAUUUUUUUGGCAUGGAUUUGGUUACAUCCUUUUUGGCUGUUUUUGAUGUAAGUAGCUAGAUAAAUGUAGUGAAUGUGUCACAAUAUGUCUGUUAUUGGGCGAUCUAAAUACUACUCAGCGUGAAGCUUGUGUUUUAUUCAUGUUCUUCAACUUCCCCUCGUGUCAUCUAGGCCUCGUUCAGGAGCCAAACGUUGUGGAAACCCUUUAGAUAGAAAUGUCCUGAUUAGAGCUGACAUGAUUCCUGAUUCCGCAUCUCACAGAGGCAUGUCUAUUCUGCAAAAUAUAUUUCUGAACGUUUCACAAUGUUGAGCCCUGCUAAAUGCAGCCCUGGUCCCCAACAUACAGUGAACUGGACCCUGCUAUUGCGAGGCCACCUGUUAAUAACCUCAUGAAUUAGAAACCAGGCUAUCAAGCCAAUCCACUGCAUCUCCAUCCAAGACGACAUCCUAAAAGGCUUAUGGGUGGAUUGCUCUGGAUGAUGCUAAUAGCAGCAGAUAUGCUAUAAUUUACACGUAGUAAAACACAACAACUAAAAGGAGAGGAAAGGGAGGACAGGGCUAGAGACAGUCCAAGCCAAGAAGAUAGCAGUGUUGGUUCGUGAUCCAGGGGAAAUGAAAGUGAUACUGUGAUAUAGCCUAGCUAUGACGGAUAGGAAAGAAACAGCUGGGAGAGGUGGGAUACAGGAGAGAACUCCAAACUGUUUCCUUUACAGGAUAGUUUCUCCUCUUUCUACACACUCAUUCACAAACAUCCCAAUGUAGUGUGUGAAAUUAAACAUCCUAUUUUCAUGCAUCAAGUCUGAAAUCUUGACACAAAUAAAAUGUAAAAAGCUAAGUUGUCCAGAAGACGUUUCCAUACAUAAUGCUCUGUCUAGAACACCUGUUUCUCUUGUUUGUACAUUUUAAUAAAUCUAUCAAAAACA